AGUGAGCUGCCCAGGGCCGUACGCGGCCGUCUCAGCAUGUCGGACUUCGAUGAGUUCGAGCGGCAGCUCAACGAGAAUAAGCAAGAGCGGGACAAGGAGAACCGGCACCGGAAGCGCAGCCACAGCCGCUCUCGGAGCCGAGACCGCAAGCGCCGGAGCCGGAGCCGCGACCGGCGCAACCGGGACCAGCGCAGCGCAUCUCGGGACCGGCGGCGACGCAGCAAACCUUUGACCAGAGGCGCUAAGGAGGAGCACGGUGGACUGAUUCGCUCCCCCCGUCAUGAAAAGAAGAAGAAGGUCCGCAAGUACUGGGACGUGCCGCCCCCCGGUUUCGAGCACAUCACCCCUAUGCAGUACAAGGCCAUGCAAGCUGCAGGUCAGAUUCCAGCCACCGCCCUCCUCCCCACCAUGACCCCUGAUGGUCUGGCUGUGACCCCGACGCCGGUCCCCGUGGUUGGCAGCCAGAUGACCAGACAGGCCCGGCGUCUAUACGUGGGCAACAUCCCCUUCGGCAUCACUGAGGAGGCCAUGAUGGACUUCUUCAACGCCCAGAUGCGCCUCGGGGGGCUGACGCAGGCCCCUGGAAACCCAGUCUUGGCUGUGCAGAUCAACCAGGACAAGAACUUUGCCUUUUUGGAGUUCCGGUCAGUGGACGAGACCACCCAGGCCAUGGCCUUUGAUGGCAUCAUCUUCCAAGGCCAGUCGCUGAAGAUUCGCAGACCCCACGACUACCAGCCGCUGCCCGGCAUGUCGGAGAACCCCUCUGUCUACGUGCCUGGAGUUGUGUCCACUGUGGUCCCUGACUCUGCUCACAAGCUCUUUAUCGGGGGCUUACCCAACUACCUGAACGAUGAUCAGGUCAAGGAAUUGCUGACAUCGUUUGGGCCUCUCAAGGCCUUCAACCUGGUCAAGGACAGUGCCACAGGACUGUCCAAAGGCUACGCCUUCUGUGAGUACGUGGACAUCAACGUCACAGACCAGGCCAUCGCAGGAUUGAACGGCAUGCAGUUAGGGGACAAGAAGCUGUUGGUCCAGCGAGCGAGUGUGGGCGCCAAGAAUGCCACGCUGGUGAGCCCCCCGAGCACCAUCAACCAGACGCCGGUGACGCUGCAGGUGCCUGGGCUCAUGAGCUCCCAGGUGCAGAUGGGCGGCCACCCGACCGAGGUGCUGUGCCUCAUGAACAUGGUGCUGCCCGAGGAGCUGCUGGACGACGAGGAGUACGAGGAGAUCGUGGAGGACGUGCGCGACGAGUGCAGCAAGUACGGGCUCGUCAAGUCCAUCGAGAUCCCGCGGCCCGUGGACGGCGUCGAGGUGCCUGGCUGUGGAAAGAUCUUUGUGGAGUUCACCUCUGUGUUUGACUGUCAGAAAGCCAUGCAGGGCCUGACUGGCCGCAAGUUCGCCAACAGAGUGGUUGUCACAAAGUACUGCGACCCCGACUCCUACCACCGCAGGGACUUCUGGUAGAGGCAGAUGGGCAGGCCGGCGGGGGCAUGCCCCCCCCACCUCCCUCUUCCCUCUGAAGACGACGGCAGAGGAGUGACAGCCAGUGACAGCGGCAGCAACUGGAAUGGCAGCA